UUGAAAAUUUGAAAUUUUUAAACUUUGGAAUUUGAAAAUUCUGUGAAUUUUCUUCGAUUAAAAGUUAAACUGUACUUGAUAUAUAUUUUUUAACAAUUUGAAAUUGCUACUGUACAGAGAUAGUUUUUUCUAACUGUCGAUAAAGUAGUAUACUACCCUCAGUGGGUAACAGAGCAACAGAAGUGUGCGCAUUGUCAACAGGUUAGGUCACUGAUGGUCAGUCCGUGUUUCGUUUGUCGGUAAAAUAGUAAACAUAAAAAAUCUUGUGUUAUUGUAAUUAAAAAAAUAUUUGAGAUGGAAUCUAGUAGGUCAAGUUUAACUCCAAAGUUAUCUACAAUUUAUAUCUGUGCAGCUAUCAAAUUCUAAAAUCUGUACAUUUCCAAAAUAAAAAAAUUGCUGAGGAUGAAGUACUUACGUUUGGUGCCACGAAAGUCACAAGUGCGCUUGCGUGUUGCUCUUGAUUAUGAAGCAUGCUCAACCAAUCAGAGUAGACAUAUGAGACGAAUGAGAACUCGUCACGUGACGAUGUAAAAGUAAAAGAAGAAUCGGGAAGAGGAGACUACACGUAUAUAUAAGGAGGGAAAACGACUGGAUUGUUUUACGUGUUUCACAAGGCACAGUCUGAGCAUCGAGAUGGAUCAGUGGUUCGGAAAACUAGCCGUUGUGACCGGCGCCAGUUCUGGAAUCGGCGAGACGGUUUGUAUCGCUUUGCUCCAGAAUGGCGUGAACGUGGUUGGCCUAGCCCGAAGGGUGGACAACAUGGAGAAAAUGCUUAGCCAGAUGAAAAAUAUCAAGGGUAAAUUUCAUGCGAUUCGAUGCGAUCUUCGCAAGGAGCAGGACAUACUCGAUGCGUUUAAGGUCGUUGAGUCACUUGGGGGCGCAGACAUUUUGGUGAACAACGCGGGUUUGGGGUACACUGAGUAUAUCACAGAGAGUCCCACGACACACAUGAGAGAAAUAUUGGACGUAAAUGUAUUAGCCGUGGCAAUUUGUACUCGGGAAGCCACGAAGUCAUUAAGAAGACGCAAAGCUAGAGGUCAUAUUAUUAACGUAAACAGCGUCCUCGGACACAAUGUAAGGUUUGUAACUGCUUCAAGCAGUCUUUACGAGACAAGCAAGCACGCGAUUACUGGCAUGUCGGAGGCUUUGAGAAGAGAAAUGCUACAAUUGAAAGCCCCGAUUAAAGUGACGAGUGUCUCUCCUGGAGUGGUGAAAACUUCCAUGCCACUCUUGGAGCAAGUAGGCGGAGAAAAAUUCUUGAACGCCGUGCCACAUGUGCACACCAAAGACAUUGCCGAUGGCAUUCUAUAUGUUCUUGCCACCGCACCGCACGUAGAAGUGAACGAAUUGACAAUUGCAGCCCUGCAUAUGGGAGUCAUCCCCGGUGAAUAAGGACAACAAUUUAUGCGAAAUGAUUUGGGUUUUGGUGUACGAUAUUAAUAUUAUAACAUGAAUCUGCUUUAAAUUCAUUAUGAGCUGUAUGGUGAAUGCGAAUUUUUAAAAUACAGAAAUUACAGAUUAGUUUCAUAUUUAUUUUUCGUAAGCAACGUGUGCGUGUUAGGUAAGCGAUCUGUAUUUCCAGAGACGUCAGCUACACGAUAUAAGGGAAAGUUCCGACAGAUUCACUCGUACCGAUACUACCUCCAGCAGACAGAUAAAUAAAUUCUCAAACCGUACCACUGGAUACCAAAUUUUCAGUUCAGUUUCAGUU